UUCUCGCUUUGGUCUCUAUGAAGUUUUCCGAGAUGCACUCUCUCGCUAUCGCGAUAUUGAUUUUGUUAGCCGCGUUAUGACUGGUGUAGCUUCCGGAGCUUGCGCUGCUCUCAUUUCUUGCCCUGCAGAAGUUGCCUUGGUGCGUAUGUCAAACGAUAGUUCUCUUCCGUCGGGUGAUCAACGAAAAUAUAGACACAUAAUAGACUGCGCUACGAGGAUCUGGCGAGAGGAAGGUGUGCGCACGUUCUGGCGAGGCUCCUUGCCUUUUGUUAAUCGGGCGAUGGUUGUCGGUGUCUGCCAGGUGGGCACCUACGAUCAGUUCCUUUCGAUCUUCAGCAAAUUGGAUAUCUUGAACCCCACCUCUGUGGUUGCUUUUUCGGCUAUGAGCGCCGGGCUUAUCUACUCGACUCUUACAAUGCCUUUAGAGACAGCUAAGAACAGAAUGGCUUUUCAAAAACCAGACCCGCGUGACGGGGAAGUUGUCUACAAAAAAACGUUUCAAACGAUUAAGCGGAUCGCUACCACAGAAGGUCCCCUUUCUUUGUGGAACGGAUUUUUGCCAUACUUCGGGAGGUGCGGAGGUUCUAAAAAGCAAUAUGAUUUUACUUUUGUAAUUUAA